GGUGACUCUAAAAAAGGAAUUUAAUUUAUCCAGUAGAUAAUGUUCUGACAUCACUAUGGUUAACGUCGGGGCAGUCAUUGGAGGAAUCGUGGCCGCUAUAGCCAUUAUCGUCGUCAUCAUCAUCGGUUCGAGUUUUUCAUACUUGGAAUAUUUUCAGUACGGGUUCAAAAGAACGAAGUCCACCGGUGCCGUUGACAUCACCAAUACCUACUCCUUCGGGCGUUACUUCCUUGGUCCGGAUGCAGAAUUCAAAAUAUUUCCUGCCGAUGCGCAUUAUGUCAACUACAAUAGUGUUUCAGUAUUUACGAAGGACAAACUAGAGGUGCGCAUGACUGUCACACUUCAAUACUUCGUGUUGAAAUCCGAACUUCCCCUUCUUCAUCAAGAAUAUGAUUUAUUCUACGAGUCAAUCCUCGAAUCAAACGGUCUCGAUGCACUCAAGGGUGCGGCAACUGUCUACAGCACUGACGAGUUUAUCUCUCGGAGGUCAGAUAUUGAAAAGGCGCUCUUCAAGGGAGUCCGGGAGCGACUCGGUGGGAGGUGUUGUAUCAAAGAUUGCGAGAAAACAUCGUCAUGUUACAGCGGCUGCAAGGCAUACUCCACCUGCCAGAAGUCGGAUAAGGGCCUGUUCGCCCAGGUGAAGUACUUCCAGCUGGCCGAGGUCACCAUCCCGAAGGAGGUCGAGUCAAGAAAGCUGAAGGCCUUGACACUGGAGGAGGAGACGGAGACAGAAAAGUACAAUCAGAAUGCGUCGCUUGUGCAGAAGGAAACUGAUUUACAGGUGAAGCGAGGCGAAAAUGAGGCUGCGGAAAUUACCCAGAAGGCCAAAGCAGAUUCCACCCUCCUUCUUGCCCGGGCUGUCGCGAAUGCCACCGCCAUACGUGAAAAGGCAAGAAGUGAAGGCUUGAAGGAUCUGUACGCGAAGACCAAACUAACUACGAAGGAACACAAGGCUUCGUUCGAUUAUCUGCGGACACUCCGAGACAUUCCGAAUGUACACCUGAACAUCGACUUCAAUCAGUUGAUAGCAGGGCCGACAAGCUUAGGCAAAGAUUAACGGCAGUAGUGAAAAGAUGUAACUGCAGGGUUCAAAAGAUCGCGUAUGCCCUACCUUCCAAUUCAGCAUUUUAUGCUGCACAUUCUGCAAAAGAGUUUCAAUGGGCAAUGUAGUUUUAAGUAACCAGGCUUUUGUACAAAAUACACAAUGUAACCUGCGAAUGUGGAGGAAUGCCCUUUUGGGUGUAUUUCUGGGGAGAGUAGCCCAGGACAAGCAGAAUUUAUACAUUUUAAAGUCCUUCCCCGAGGCCAUUUUCGCCCUUUUUGCCUUAGUGACCUCAGAAUGUUUUGAACCCUGCACAGUUUGAAAUUGCAACAACAUCAAGAACCAUUGACUCUCAAAGAAUGGGUAUCCCGGUAUGCACAUCUGUGUCCAUGAAGAUUUUUUGAAACUGCCUCUGAUGACCAGUGUGGUCAGAAAGAUUCAUAUGAGGUUGGUUUAAAGAGAAAUUGUGAAAAUUAUUGCGAUAUGAGAAAUUUUUCAUCAUCUUGGAGCAGGCUAUAGUUCAAUCGUCCUGAGAUGUAAAUAUAUAUUUUUCUAAAAAAUCCUUAUCUUUCUGUAUCGUGUGAAACUGAAUUUAGACGAGAAAUGCCAUUUGUAUGGAAUUUUCUUGACUUGUCACAUACUGGUAUGUCCCAAUCGGUGUUCUCCACAAGGCUAUUUGUCAGGGCGGCCCACCCUACUUUGGCAGCUUACCGCCCUACCUUGGAUGCAACCACACUACCUUUGAGUUUUAUAAAGGGUUUCUAAAGGGCCACCCUACAUUAAAUUGCUCGCAACCCUACCUCGUGUUGCACACUGGCAAACCUUCCUGAAUAUCAAGGCCACCGCCCUACCUUGAGGAAACCCUGUGGAGAACUCCGCUAAUGUUUUGCAGUGUCAGGUUUGUCAGAUAUAGCUGUUUGGAGGUGUUUUGUAGUUCUUAGAAGGUUACAUGUACGUCAUUCAUAUCUAAUUGUGGGUCAGGUAAAUGGAAAUGCUGUCAUACACAAUGCAGAUAUGAUUCAUGCAACUUUGCUGAACCUUAGUAUAUGUGGUAUAAUAGGCAGGUUUUGCAACCCCUGCGAACAACGAAGUCCGAAUGACGAUGGUCUGUCGUGUCAUCAAGCCAGGUGCUAAUUCAUUUACGCGACACUCGUAAAUCAUCUUCUGUACAUAUGCUGUCCUUAAUAGACUGGUGUCCUGAUUAGAGAGGUCAAAUUGAAUGGAAACAACCACUUUGGGACCAAACAAGUGUCCUUAUUAGAGAGGUUGUCCUUAACAGAGAGGUAUCUGCUAUAGAGGGAGGUUCCACUGUACUAAUUUGUACGAGGAAUCGGGGAAACUUUCGAAAAAAGUUGUCAACGAAGUACGUUUACAUACUUCGUUCUUCGUUGUUCGUAGCUCUUCGUGAGGGUUGCGAAACCUUCCUAAUAUUUGUAUAUUUGUCUACACAAUGCAUUGUUGAAAUUCAUAUUCAGUACUUAUUUUAACGCAGUUGGAAAUUUUCUAAUUUAGUCACAACUUUCAAAUGCUUUAUGAAAAUGUUAUGUGUUCAAUUACGAAAUGAUAAAUAAUUUCUCGCAAAUAAACAUUUUAAUCAGUUCUUGCCGAAAUGACAUUCAUGCUGUAUGAAUGUGCAAUUUUAUUCAGUCAAAUUAUUAUUUGUUAAAAUGAUAAUUAUGUAAUUCAUUACUUUGUAUUUAAUUUUAGUUAAGCUCAAUUUUCAGGUUUUGUUUUGUGAAAUUAUCACGGCUGAUCCUUUCUUGUGCGACGUUGGUCAAGAGGAAUCCUGGCGAGAACUUGAGUGACUCAGCCUCCCUAACUCGAGAUAGAUUGGAGGUAUCAUGCACAUUUAAUUUUUUGGGGAAAGGUGGUAGUUUUUUUGGAUUCACGAAUGGGAAUUUUUCCUAAGUCCUAAAAGGGUUGUUUUGUGUGAUAUCCAAAGAACAUUCACAAAUGGAAGUUGGUGAUCACAUCUCUUAUAAUUUGAGUCAAUUACCCCAGAUAGGUAGUCCAUCUAAACUAGGGAACCAGCAUAGAUCCAACCUCCCCCCUCCCACCCCCACCCUAAAUUCCAGAAGUGGGUCGGCCAAGUUGAAAGGUGGGUUCUUGGGAUCAAACAGUUUGUUGAUGCUGUGGUAAUCCCUGAGCUCAGAAAGCUAAAUUUAUUGAAAAGAGAUCUUUAAUUACAAGUUUCAGCUUCAAUUUUAUUCAUGAAAUCGCAUAAUCUGUAGAUUUGGCAAACCAUGACAUUGGGUGAUAUGAAUAAAGACUAGUAAAUGCUUUUACUUCAGUUUUGUACAGAAAGGCCUAGUGUAAAUGUACAUGGGGUUUUCAGUAAAAGCAAUUGCUAGUCUUUAUUCAUAUCACCCAUUGGAUGCACAAUACUGAUGUUGUUCUUGUGGAACGGCAGUAUUCAUCUCUAACUAAGCUAACAGAUAUUCUUUAGAAUAAACUUUGUUGUUGUUUACUAUGUAGAUGUAUUCAUAAUUUUUUGUAGAUUUGUAAGUCAUCCAGAAUGUGGGUGUUUUGUAGAAAUUGUGCAAUCUUAAAAAUGCAACUCUUAAAGGGACAAUAUAGGCAACAGUUAGGCAGGCAAGAUAAAGUCACACAAAGUCGCCAAUAGGGGUCUCUCACAUCUCACAGUAUGUCGAAAUGAUUCACGCUUGUACGAAUAUAUUUAGUGCUGAAUCUGACAAGACCCAGGGCCCUUACUGCGUAUAUUAGUCACCUGAAGAUGGCCAAAUAAGCCCCUCUGCUCCUGCCUAUAGUCCCCUUUAAGAUUGCUCAGCUUCGUUGUUCCACUAUGCUUUUAGUUCAGGGGCAUCACAGAGUUGCCAUUUUGACCUACAUGGGACAUUUCAGUUAUGUAACAAACCUAGUUGAAUGCAACCCUCAGUGUACUUAAUUUUGUAAUUUAACAAUCUUUUCACAAAAUCUAGAGUAUUUUAUAUCAUGUUGUUACAAUGCAAUGUGUUAGUAUUCUUUGGAAUAAUAACUGUAUAUUGUUUAUA